AUUAUAGGCGAAAAUAAUUAUCAGCAACAACUUAUGAUAUUAUUAUUCUAACAAUGGCACUUUAUUUUAAGGUUAUAUUUACAUCAAUUUGCUUAUUUGAAAUUGCGAAAUGUCAAAUUACAAAUUCUAUUCCCGAAGAAUUGCAAGGAUGUUACAGAAGAAACUUUACUAUUACCGCUAGACCACCAUUAACUGUCCCACUAUUAGUAGAGUUAAUCAGAAAAAUUGAAAUAGAUCCAAAAUACACUAUGAAUACCAGGAUGCUGUCAUCUUGGAUGAUGCGUAAGGUUGUUUAUGAUGGAAUAAGAAAAUCUCCAGGUUUAAAUAUUGACGAAAAUAUCGCACUGCCAUACGCAGCUACCUUAAAUAAGUUCCAUAAAUUCAAAGUUAUUAAUGAUUAUUUAUUAGAUGGAACAUCUAGAAUAAAUUCUCAGGACUUUUUGACCUUAGACGAGUUAUGUUUUUUACAUAAACUUGUGUCAAAUUCCAUUGAUCCAUUUGAAAACGGUGAAGAUUUAUCAGUGACAUGUCAGGAUAACUCAUUUUCAAACAUGCAAUUUGCAUCAGAUGGAAGCGAUGCACAAAGUGCUUGUCCUUUAAAGCUGGGAAAUGUUAAAACAAAUUGGGGUUCAAUUUCGGUUUCUCACUUAAUCGCUGGUGUAGCUACAGGGCUACAACAAAAUCAAGUUACCUUUCAACGGAUCAUCGAUGCAAUUCAUACUAACACAGGAGCCACAAAUAUUUCUUCGGCGUUGCUUUCAGAUGCAAAUGACGUAAAUCACGAGGUCGAUAACGUCCUUUUUGCCACAAUAGUCGGUGAUUUGGGAGAAGUGGUUUUAAGCCAGGCAACGGAGAAUCCCAUUAUCGGUAAUCAGGGCUAUUGGAACGAUACGUUACUUCCUCGGGCUUUUUAUUUGAGGUCUCGACAGUGGGACUUGACACAAGCAGAAAUUUUGGCUGGAAUAGAUGCUGCUAUUAUAGGUAAAACUGUACAACACUUAGUAAAUAUUCUCGAUAGUACCAGACUAUCCCAAAUUAUCGAUAUGUAUUAUUCAAGUCGAGGAAUACCAUAUCAGUUUGAUUUCAAAGUUAGUAAUAGGUCAAAUUCCUUGGAAUUUAUAUUAACAUCUAAAAGUCUGGAAGAUCAGAUUUAUGGAGCUACUAUUCUUUUACGAGAAAUAAGAGCACUUUAUCCAUUAACGCUCACUCCCGAUUAUAUAAGACAACUUAGCACUUCGAUCAGUCAAGUUUACACCAAUGCAUCAAGAUCGAUAGCAAAUAGUUUUGAUCAAAUCGAAUACGUUGGUGGAAUUCAAUUAAAGGCAAAUCUCGAAGUCAUUGUCAUAUUGGAUAAUACUUUUGCUCCCUACGAGACGCAACGGAUGUUAUAUUCGUUGGCCGAACUGAUUGAUUUAUCCUAUUACGGAAGCAGCAUAGGGAUUAUAAAUGGCCAAAAUGGCAACUGGAUAGUAAACGUGACCAGGGAAUACUUCCAAAUGUUCCAGAGUUUCGAACAAAUGGAUCAGGCCAGCACAUGGCCCAGGACGCUUUCUUUGAGUCGUAGUUUGGAAUCUGUUAUAAAUUACUAUCAAAACAAAACAAAUAUUGACUGUAGCGCUAGAGUCAUUUGGCCUGUGGCACAGGCAGUUGUGGUUUUUAACAAUGAUGGAAGAAUUACCGAUAAUGACGGUGCUCCAAGUAGAAGACUCAUUCAAACCAUUAAAGAUUCAUACCCGCAAACACAUAUGCUGUAUAUGAGUGAAGAUAGAAAUAGUUUUUUUAAGGACUUACUAGUGGAAGACGAUGACUCUAUUAUUAAUCCCUCAGCUGAUGCUCUUUCGACCGCUAAAGAAAUCAGUUCCAAGUUAAGUGUUUUGCCAGCGGGUUUAAUUAAAUUUUAUUGCAACUACGCCGAUGUUCGAUUUGAAAAGUAUUUAACCCCCGGUGUGGAAAAUAGGUUUGAAAUCCAUAGAGAGUAUAUAAAACGAGGGGCAGUAACUACAAAGUUUCUAAAUAAGGACUAUGGUGAUCUCGCUGUCUGUUUUUUCGCAAGCAGGACCUCGGCACCGACCAACAAAUCGUGUCAAUCUUUAACUGUAAACGGUGAGAUCAGUUUUAAUUCUAGAAGUUUGUGUACGACAGAAUCAGCAUGCGACGUUCAAUAUACUCUCACGUCGAACAACAGCCAGGUCAAAUGCGCAGAGAGCGACUGUAGGUAUCCCGAUCAAGUGCUGGUCAUCAUAACCUAUAGUUACACAUCCGGCUCAUCUGGCUUGGGAUCUGGUUUUUUCUUGUCUGUCUCGUUAAUUUUAGUAGCUUGGCUUACAAACUUGUUUUAAUUAUCCAAAAAGAAACAUACAAAAAAUACUUUUAGUAAAAAUCGUAUUGAAAUAGCGGCCAUAAUUAUUUAGUAACUUUUAUAGCUAAUCUCAUUAAUUAUUUAGAGAACAAUUUUAGUUUAUUAUUAUCUGUACAGUUUAUUACAAACAUUUUACCUUAUUAUCUUAGCGUAUAUUUUAUUAUAAUCGUAUUGUUAAUCAAAUUUAGAAUAUUUUGUAAUUAAGUAGCAAAUCUAAGUAAAGUACAUUUGUGAUUUUAA